AGUACCAAGCCUCAUUGCACUCAUGCACACUUUUCGAGUUUCAUGCGGCUCAUGCCUUUUCUUUUUUUCAUUUAUUUAUCUUUUGCAGGUAGAAUCCCUUCAAAAGGCAGAACACACUCUCUCUCUCUCUCUCUCUCUCUCUCUCUCAGUCACCAACUGUUGCUCUUCUUCCUGGAGUAAUUUAACUUGUAAUCUUUCUGAUUCUCUUGGAUACUAUUCGAUUUCUGUCUGUGAAAACUAGCAACAUCUGUCGUUGAAUGUUUAUUUUAAAUAAAGGAUUACUUAGUACAGUCUUAGUUCUAAGAGUUUACAUAGUUGAAUCUUAGUUUUUUUGUUUCUUGAUGAAGUGUUUGAUUGUCGUAUGAUUACGAACUUGUGUGUUUAAUAAUCAGACGAAAGGGCUUUUUUCCUUUUCUUUUCUUCAGGGUUUGUACUUUGAUUAGGAGGAGUUUUAUCACAUCAAUGGCCAUGCAAGUUGGUAAGAAGUUUUCUUGGGUGAUAAAGGACUUCCCCUCAUUACAAUGUAAGAUCUGCCACUCUGCUCCAGUCCUGAUCGGUGACUGCAAAUGGUUUCUUCAUGCUUAUCCUAAGGGAAACAAGGUUGAUUACUUGUCUCUCUAUCUAGAAGUUGCUGAUUCAGAAUCAUUGCCUUCCGGAUGGAGAAAAUAUGUGAAAUUCCGACUAUCCAUAGUGAAACAAAAUUUGAAAAGUGAUACAGAACUGCAAGAAACACAUUGCUGGUUUGAUGAGGAGGCUCGGUGCUGGGGGUUUCAAUCCAUGAUUCCACUUACCAAACUUCAUGAUGAGAAAGAAGGGUUUCUGGUAGAUGGAGAUCUCGUGAUAGUUGCUGAGGUUGAUGUUCUUGAAGUUAUUGGCAAUUUAGAUGAAUCAGAGGAAUCUGAAGAGUCAUGCCGUCCUGUGAAAAAGUCCAAGCACGGUGGCGGUGAAGAAUCUAUUGAUUCGCUCAAAGAAGCUCACUUGGGAAAGGAAACCAUGGACGUCAAUGGCUUUCACGUUCUUGUGUCACAGGGAGAAUCUGUGAAGCGUAUAUUUGAAAUGCACCCUGACAUUGCAGUUGAGUUUCGUGCAAAGAACCAACAUCUGAGGAACGCAUGCAUGAGUUUCCUUCUCAGCUUAACCGAGACGCUGUGCGUGUCACUUCAAGAGCUCUCUAAUGAAGAUUUGGUGGAAGCGGACGUUGCACUGACAUAUGUGAGAGAUGCUGGUUUUAAGGUGAAUUGGUUGGAGAAGAAGCUGGAGACUGUUAAAGAAAAGAAGGAGAAAGAGAAGUGUAGUUUGAUCCGGCUUGAAGAAAUGAAGGAUAGUUUACUGAAACUGAAGCAAAAAUGUUCAGAUCUUGAAGCUCUAGUAGAGAAAGAGGAGGCAGAGUUGUCGGCCAUCAGAACUCCUUCGUCAUUCGAUGAUGUGAUCUCUUGAGUUCUUACGAAUGUGUUGCUGUUCGCUUAUUGUUUCUCCUUUAGAUUCAAAAUAAGAAGUUAUCUUAUAAGGUGAUUGAACUUAUGUCUGAAGUUGUUACAUUUUGUUAAAUUAGUACUUUCUACAGCUAUGGUCUAUCAAAGUUUCGGCUAUCAAUUAGAUGAGGACAAAGUUAAUAAUCUAUGUCUGGAACUUGUAUCUGGUUCUUGUAAAGUUCGUAGGCACUUAUGCAGAAAGAUGUCACGUUGUCAUGUAUUGAAAAGAUCAGGUUCACGCUGGAAGAGUCAUGACAUGGUUAUUAAUCUUGGUGGUAAUGUAACGCUCUCUUAUGUAUGAAAACAGGAGUGGCGCUUAAAUAGUCAUGGUCAAGCCAGUUGGCUCUAGAUAGACUUGUUUAUUAUUCGUCCAUCUUACCAUUAAUUAUUUCGUAAUGAUGGCAGAAGGAUAAGUAACAAUGAGCCAAAGUUGCUCGUAUAGAAAACUUUUGUACUACUAAGUUGCAUGCACCAAUAGUUACACUUGGUCAGUUCAUGUUCCCUAAGCAAAAAAAAAUUAAACUGUUAUUGGAACAAGCAAUGAGGAGCAAAAGCGAUUGAUUUCCUUAUGGAGGUAUAAAAACGUUUUGCGUUCCUGUUUUUCUCUUCAAAGUUGAAACAAGAACCUUUAGAGUAGGCGUAUAUGUAGAGCUAGACACAGCAGCACUACUUAAAGAAAACAAUUAUGUUCUUUUUUUUUUAAUUUGUUUUUUGAAACACAAGUCAGUGUUUUUUUUAUAUGUGCCUUAUUUUUAAGUAAAUACUUUAUUUGGUGUUGAUUAACCAUUGGUGUGAAAUGUUACAGUAGGGACAAUGAAGUUGGCUUGUAUACACAUGUUGUCCUAUACUAAAAUUCAUGACAAAAAUGGUGGAUUCCUAGUAAAUGGUGAAGUCAAGGUUGUUGUCCAAGUUGAUUCUGAAGAAGAUGUACCAAUGGAAUAAGAGAUAACAAACAAACCUCAGAGCAAGAUAGAGCAAAAGAAUGGCCCAGUUUCUAGCGUUUUGCUCAAGGAAGCUUCAGCAGUAAUGGAAAGCAUAGAUGUUAAUAGGUUUCAAGUUUAUCCUUCUCAAGUAAAACCUUGUAUGAUAUGGCUUAGAAAUCUUUGGACUCUCUCAGGUACAAUCAGUGAGGCUUAUAUUUGAAAGACACCCUGAAACUGCAGUAGAAUUCCGCGCAAAGAACCAGCAUCUGAGGACAAGAUAUAUAAACUUCCUGCUUAGCUUAAUCGAGACGCUGUACCAGCCACUUCAGGAGCUUUCCAGUGAAGAUCUAGUGGAAGCGGACAUAGCCUUAACGUACUUGAAAGAUGUGGGAUUUAAGGUGGAUUGGUUGGAGAAUAAUCUGGACCUACUAAAGGCAAGGAAGGAGAAAGAGAGGGCUUGCGAGGCACGAGUACAAGAAAUGGAGGUACAACUUCAUGACUUGAAGCAUAAGUUUGAGAUUGAAAAGGCAGAGUUGUCUGCAGCUAGAGCUCCUCUCUCCUUUGAUGAUUUUGUUUGAUCACUUGCAUUUCUUAGGGCAUUAUUGGCGUUCUGAUUUGUUCCAUUUCUGUCUUGGUUUUAAAGUAAGUCUUGUUGAACGUUUUAUGGUUUUCUGAAGUUGUUGGCAUGAAUCUUGUACUGUAAGGUAGUUGUCUUACCAAACUCUCUGACUAGUCACGUUUGGAAUACUCUCCUCGAUUUAGGGUUUUCAAAUUAUUAGUUUAAGUUGAGUUACUGUUAAGAUUAAGAACAAAAGUGAUCAGUCUGAAGACUCUGAACAGAGUACAAUUAAGACUUCCACUAUACAAUCAUUCUCUGCGCUGUUUCAUCUGUUGCAAGUUAUCAUGUAAUUAAACUCAUUACAUCUGUUGCAAGUUAUCAUGCAAUUAAACUCAUUACAUCUGUUGCAAGUUAUCAUUUAAUUAAUAAGCUUAUUAUAAGCCAAACCGGUGGAAGAGUGAGGUUCUUGAACUAUUCAUCGGUCCACUUAUAAUGUAUCAUUCUGAAUUCUGUUUCAAGCCAAGUGCAUUGACUACAAGUGUAUUAGCGACUAAAGACAUAAGGGACAAACCUUGCAACAAAACAGAUGAAGACCAAAUUGCUCACACACAAAAAAAAUCACGUGUG